CAGAAUUCCGAGUACGGAGUCGAAAGAGUUGGCGACGGCGACGUGUUUAUGGAAAGUGUUUUCGUCUGCAAUGAAGAUACGAUGUGGGCUCGGAUGCUGUCUGGCGGCCGCGGGUUCGGAUUCGGUUUCCGAGACCCGAGGGAGUGUCUACAGAGCGCUGGACUCGGAUUAGCCGCGAGGCAGGAGAGGCAUGCUUCAAAUUCAGAGAGCAAAGUCCAUGGGGGAGAGACCGAGGGAAAUUCAUGGAGUCUAUGAUUGUUGGAGACGUAGCAGAGCUGACGGACAACCAGGUGAGAAAAAUGUCUGAAAGCCAAGGCACACACGUGCGUGCAUGCCCACACACAGACACAAGCACACAUAACACACACACACACACACUCCUCCCACUUUUUUUAAAUCUCAAGGGCACGCUCCCCUUCACCAAUGACAAGGGAGGAAUGAAUGAUGAUCUCAUCGUCACCAAGACAGACCAAGGCUACCUCUACGUGGUGUCCAACGCUGGCUGUGCAGACAAGGACUCCGCCAACAUGAAGGUCCCUCCAUGACCCAGGUGCUCCAGUCGGGUCUGACAGAUGACCUCAGCAAGCUGACCUUCAUGACCAGCACCUUGGCCACAGUGUUUGGGAUCCAGGGCUGCAGGCUGACCUGCUGUAGUUCCCCCGGAGAGGAUGGAGUGGAGGUGUCUCUUUCACUCGUUUCUGGUACUUCAGUAGAGAUCUCAGUGCCUAAGUCUGGCGUGGUGGCCGUGACUGAGCACCUGUUGGCCAACAGUGAGGUCAAGCUGGCCGGACUGGGGGCGCGAGACAGUCUGCGGCUGGAAGCAGGCCUCUGUCUCUAUGGCAACGACAUUGAUGAGUCUACUACCCCUGUGGAGGCAACCCUGUUGUGGACUAUAGGCUACCCUGCCGCCUGGUUGCUUGAUGGACUUGCAGGAAAGCGACGGCGUCAGGCGAAGGAUUUCCCCAGUGCGGAGAUCAUUCUCCCCCAGAUAAAGGCGAAGACAGCGAGGAAGCGUGUGGGUCUGGUGUCCUCGGGACCCCCUGUCAGACAGCACACCCCCAUCCUCAGGGUGAGGUCACCAGUGGUUGCCCCUCCCCCUGCCUGAAGCAGAACAUUGCCAUGGGUUACGUGGAUGCACCAUACGCCAAGAAUGGAACUCCCAUUCAGGUGGAGGUGAGGAAGAAGCCGGUGGUCACCAAGAAGCCCUUUAUGCCUACGAACUACUACUCUGGCCAGUAGAUCUGUCUCUCAAUGGACACCCAGUUUAUGCGAUCAGCCUGCAUGCCAGUGGACAGUGACCUGACCAGACAUACCUUCUCCCACCAGAGAUCAGUUUAUCAGAGCAAUUCUGCCCCCUUGUGUUUACCUCGAGCAUUGACACUCAAAGCUGAAGGACGGCGAGGCUUCUUUAGCAACAGAAAACGGGUUAUGUGUGUGUGUGUGUGUGUGUGUGGCCUCGCCUGCAGCCACAGCUCAACACAACUAUAAACACAGCUGAACCCUUGAUGAUGAGGCUUUUCACUCCUGUUAUCUGAAGCGUGUUAAUGGUCCUCAGACCACAGUGAGUUGUAUGAAUGAGCCAUACGGUUGGGAGGACAGGACAGGGAAAUCGCUGACUGGUCCUCAAAAGCAGUGUAACGUGCUACGUAAACCAAGAGACAAAGCAGGAUGUCGCUUGAACAGGAUUAGUGUGCAAAACUUAUUUUCUCCUUUCUAAUACCAAUUAGACGUUGAAUUUUUAAAAAACGUGCAUUUUGCAGGCUUCGUGACCCAAUGACGUGUGUGUUACAUAAAUGUUCACUAAUUACUAACCUAAUACUAUAUAUCAACAGGACCAAACUCUCCAUAUGAUUCCAAAUUGUGAUAUUAUAUGUCAUUAGGCUUGUACAAUGAUCUUAGUUCCCAACAACAUUCCCAACAAAGUGAAACUUAACAAUACAAAACACGGUGUGUAGUGGAGGCUAAGUGCAGCUCAUCCCCUUUUUUUUUUAAUUCAACAAAUGACCCACCUUUUACGGAGAAAUUUGUCGAAAGUAUAGAGACCUUUACUUUUUUCACAGGGGACCUGGCGAUCAGUUUUAUACAACUAUAUAUUUUUCUCCCACCACUACAUCACUGAUGAUAUGCGUUAACAUGGACUAUUGUAAAGUAACUUAGAGGUGUUCGGCGUCUCGCAUCUCCCCUGUACGACUGAAAUAUUGUCUCACUGUUUUGGGAUUGACGUGUGAAUGCCUUCAUUUUGUAUAGCUAGGUAAUUAUGUCGUUUUUGUAUCUAGCACCCUUUUAUUUUCCUUGUCAUAUAGGGUGUAAUUCACAAUAUAAUACACAUUUCCCUUCGUUGUGGAAUGCCUCAAUGGAGAUUGAUUAAUGCACUGUGUUUUUGUCCAUUUAACUGAGAUUGUGUUGUUUAUAAAUUAUUCUAUAAAUAAUUAAACACGAUAAAAGGCACAAAAUAAACCAAUGAAUUAGUUUCAAA